AGCACACAGUAGGACACCUACCCCCCACACACACCAGCGUUACUCCCUUUUGCUACUGUUGAGAAAACAAAGAAGCCAUGGCCCAGACCAACCCUAUGAACACCAUGCCCAUGGGCCCCUGGAAGAUCACCGUCUACGACCAGGAGUACUUCCAGGGCAAGCGCAUGGAGUUCACCUCCUGCUGCCAGAACAUCAUGGAGUGCGGCAUGGAGAACGUCCGUUCCCUGAAGGUGGAGUGUGGAUCCUGGGUGGGCUUUGAGCACUCCAGUUUCUGCGGCCAGCAGUUCGUCCUGGAGAAGGGAGACUACCCCCGCUUUGAGGCCUACAGCGGCAGCAACUCCUACCGCAUCGAGAGGAUGAUCUCCUUCAGGCCCAUCUGCUGUGCUAGCCACAAGGAGUCCCGCAUGACCGUCUACGAGAAGGAGAACAUGGGCGGCCGUCAGUUCGAGCUGUGCAACGACUACCCCUCUCUGCAGGCCAUGGGCUGGUUCAACAACGAGGUCGGAUCCAUGCACGUGCAGUGCGGAGCCUUCGUGUGCUACCAGUUCCCCGGUUACCGUGGCCACCAGUACAUCAUGGAGUGCGAUUGCCGCGGAGGAGAGUACAAGUGCUACCGCCAGUUUGGCUCCCACGCCCAGACCCCCCAGAUCCAGUCCAUCAGGAGGAUCCAGCACUAGAGCUCCGCCCCGGGGGCCGCCUCCUGCACCUCUCCCUCCUUCUUCCACUCCUCCUUCUCCUUCUCUCCUCCCAGCUGCUACUUCCUCCUCUCUACUCCCAUCCAUCCCUUCUCGCUCUCGCUCUCUCUCGCCCUCUCUCCCUCCCUCUCCUGCUCUCUCUCCCUCUCUCUCUCCCGCUCUCCCUCUCUCUCCUGCUCUCUCUCUCUCGCUCUCUCCCCCUUUCUCCCUCUGUCCCUCUCUCACUCUCUCACCCUCGCUCUUUAUCUCUCUUCCCCCUUCAACACUUUCUCCCCAUAACCCGUUCCGGCUCCGCUGAUCUGAUUGGUUGAGGCAGGGAUGUGGGCGGGGCCUGGGGUUUCAGGUUCACAGUAUUGUUUUGGUGAGGGACAACAUCCCAAAACAACCCCCCCCCCCCCCCCCCCCCGCUAACCAGAAGGAAAGGGGACGCUGGCGCCACGCGCUGUCAUGGCGACGAGAGGCCCGCGUUGUCUCUGAAGGUCGUGGGCUGUGAAAGUGGUUCUUCCUUUCCUCCACGCCACUGAUGACAUCACCAAGACAACACCCACCUCAUGCUCAUUGGCCUCUUCAGGAGCAGCUGUCCUGUGAUGUCAUGAACCAGCGUCUGUAUGCACUGAGGAAUAAAGAUAUGAGUAAUGACUCUGAA